UUCUGAUUUCCAAUGAACACUUGAAGGCAUCGUCCUCUAAGGCUGGUGUGGACCUAAUCUGAUCACAGUCUGAGAAGAUGAGUGAAGGAAAGACUCCCAUCUCCCUAAAGAUGAUCCUCAUAGGGAAUUCUGGGGUGGGAAAAUCCUCUGUCAUGAACAGAUAUGUGAACCAUCGAUUCACCAGCAUGUACCGAGCCACCAUUGGGACCGAUUUUCUCUCUAAAACACUGGAAAUAGACGGAGAGAUGGUCACUCUGCAGAUAUGGGACACAGCAGGCACAGAGAGGUUCCAGUCUCUCGGAACGCCGCUGUACAGGGGAAGCCACUGCUGCAUGUUGGUGUUUGACGUCACAUCUGCUGCCAGUUUUGGAGCCCUGGACAUGUGGAGGAAGGAGUUCCUGGUCCAGGGAGAACCUCAGGAUCCAUCUAACUUCCCUUUUCUCGUCCUGGGCAACAAAACCGACCUGAGCAACAGAGAGGUGUCUCACGGGAAGGCCCUGCAGUGGUGUGAGCAGACCGGAGCCGAGUACUUCGAAGGAAGCGCCAAACAGGAUGUGGACCUGGAGAAGCUGUUCCUGAGAGGCGCCGAGCGUGGACUGCAGCAGGUAACGGAGCCGGCUCGAGGUCAGGAAAGGAAGGGACGACAUUUCUGUUUAACAUGUUUAUUUUUUGAUGAUAAAAGAUACAUUACUCCCUACAGUACAAAAAACACACAUUGGAAAAUACAGGACAUUUCCAGAUAACCUGCAAACAGCCGAGAGAAACUCCUCGCAACACCUGUGAGUGCUGAGGGGGGCACUCGUCCCAGUGUGGGGGGGCUCAGAGACCUCGGCACUGCUGAUGAUGACCUAUCUAACAAGGGUGCAAAAAUAGUGACCCAGCAAAGGUACUGUGGAGGGAAAGGACACAACUGUAUACCACAUGGAGAAGAACAAACUCAUUAAAUGUUUUUUUUUCCUUU